AUGAAUAACAAGAGAGUAGUCUAUUUCUAUGACCCAGAAAUUGGAACCUUCAGUUAUGCAAUGGGGCAUCCCAUGAAGCCGCUGAGGGUAAAGAUGACCCAUACUCUCUUAGUUGGAUAUGAGCUUUACAAGUACAUGGAUGUGCUCAGGCCAUUUCAGGCAUCAUAUGAGAAUCUAACAAACUUCCACUCGGUAGACUAUAUAAACUUUUUGUCCAGUGUUUCUAGCGAGAACAUGGAGGAGAUGAUUAAAGAUCUCCACAAGUUCAACAUUAGAGAUGAUUGCCCUGUGUUUCCAGGGCUUUAUGACUACUGCAGGCUCACCAGUGGAGGAAGCAUUUAUGCGGCCCAAAAGAUCAACUCUGGAAAAUAUGAUGUUGCAAUUAACUGGGCAGGAGGGCUACACCAUGCCAAAAGAAGCGAAGCCUCUGGGUUUUGCUAUGUGAACGACAUAGUCUUGGGAAUCCUUGAGCUCCUGAAGUACAACAAAAGAGUUCUGUACAUAGAUAUAGACGUCCAUCACGGAGACGGUGUUGAAGAGGCAUUCUAUACCACCGACAGAGUGAUGACGGUCUCCUUCCAUAAGUAUGGAGAUUACUUUCCUGGGACGGGAAUGGUCACUGAUAUUGGACUUGCAAAGGGAAAGGGAUACUCGGUCAAUGUUCCACUGAAAGACGGGAUUGACGACGAGAGCUAUUUCAGUAUAUUCAAGCCUGUCGUUAGCAGGGUCAUAGAGGUGUAUAGGCCUGAUGCGAUUGUACUACAGUCAGGAGCCGAUUCUCUUUCGGGAGAUAAGCUAGGAUGCUUUAAUUUAUCUCACCUAGGCCAUUCUAGGUGCAUUAAAUUUGUACAGAGCUUCAACAUUCCUCUUAUCCUUCUUGGAGGGGGAGGAUACACCAUCGGAAACGUUUCAAAGGCAUGGGCAUAUGGAACAAGCGUUGUUCUGGAUGUUGACAUUCCUAGGGAGAUUCCUUACAAUGAGUACUUCGACUAUUAUGCACCAACGUACAAAAUAGAUGUUCCUACAUCAAACAUGGCAAACCAAAACACAAGAGAAAGCUUGGAAGACAUUAUAGCAAAGGUGCACGAGAAUCUGAGAGAAGUUUCCCACGCUCCAUCGGUGCAAAUGUCAGCCAUACCACCCUCCUUUAUCAGUGAUGAGAGCGAUGAUGAAGAAGUUUCGAAGAAAAGGGAAAGAGAGGAUUCUGAUGAUUACAAAGCAUUCUCUGCUUCAAGGGAAGAGCCGUAA